GAGAGAGGUAGAGAGAGAGAGAGAGGGAGAGAGAGCGAGAGAGAGAGAGAGAGAGAGGUAGAGAGAGCGAGAGAGAGAGAGAGAGAGAGAGGUAGAGAGAGCGAGAGAGAGAGAGAGAGAGAGAGGUAGAGAGAGAGAGAGAGAGAGAGAGAGGUAGAGAGAGAGAGAGAGAUAGAGAGAGGUAGAGAGAGAGAGAGAGAGAGAUAGAGAGCAAUCCCUGGAUGUCGCCAGUCGAGUCGUGACGUCACCAACGGUCUGACAGUCAGCCAUGGAGGAAGUGAGAGUGUUUCCCCUCACCUGUGCCGUGCAACAUUAUGCGUGGGGGAAGGUCGGGCUGGACAGCGAGGUGGCCCAACUGGUGGUUGGCGGAGACCCAGUAGCCGUGGUGGAGGAUGACCGGCCCUACGCAGAGCUGUGGAUGGGCGCCCACCCGAAAGGCGACGCCCAGAUUAAAGACAACCGGAUCGCUCAGACCACGCUGGGCCAGUGGAUCGCCCACUUCCCCGCCUGCCUGGGCUCCAAGGUCAAAGACACCUUCCAGGGUCAGCUGCCCUUCCUCUUCAAAGUCCUCUCGGUCAACACAGCCUUGUCCAUUCAGGCCCACCCCGACAGAGAGUUAGCUGCUCGCCUCCAUGCCCAGUUUCCGGAGCAUUAUCCGGACAACAACCACAAGCCGGAGAUGGCCAUCGCUCUCACCCGCUUCCAGGGCCUCUGUGGCUUCAGACCAGUGGAGGAGAUCCUGGGGUUCCUUAAAUCCGUCCCAGAGUUCCAGGCUCUGGUGGGCAACGACGCCGCGGCGGAGCUGCGAUGCGGCGCGGGAGACGAUGUUCACGCCGGCCGGGUGCUGAAGAAGUGCUUCACCAGGAUGAUGAACUGCGAGAAGAAGGUGUUCGUCGACCGGCUCAACAUGCUGGUCAAGAGGAUCACGGAGGAGGGUGCAGCAGGGACGGACACGUCGAGCAGCAACGGCGACCUGCUGCUCCGUCUCCACUCCCAGUACCCCGGAGACAUCGGCUGCUUCUCCAUCUACUUCCUGAACCACAUGGUCCUGGAUCCAGGACAGGCCAUGUUCCUGGGAGCCAACGAGCCGCACGCCUACCUUCAAGGAGACUGCAUCGAGUGCAUGGCCUGCUCUGACAACACGGUGCGAGCCGGCCUGACCCCGAAAUACAUCGACGUCAACACGCUGUGCGAGAUGCUGAACUACAGCCCGGCGCCCGCCAGCGCCAAGAUCUUCCCGUGUGUCCAGGACGCUUCAGAUCCCUUCGUGUCCCUGUACGACCCCCCGGUGCCAGACUUCACGGUCAUGAGGAUACAGGUGCCGGCCUUGGUGAAGCAGUACACCGUCGCCCCGGUCGACAGCGCCAGCAUCCUCCUGGUCAUCGAGGGCGACGCCACGGCGACCUCGGCCGCCGCCCUCUCAGACGUCACGCUGAGGCGAGGCACCGUCCUGUUCGUCUCGGCCAACGAGAGCGUCUCCCUGCACGUCGCCUCCAAGUCGGGGAUGAACAUGUUCCGGGCCUGCUGCCUCCUGUAGGACCGAGCCCAAUGAGCGCCGCGCACUUUGUAGGAAGUAGUAUGUUAAAGAAUGUUUAAGACAGCGAGUCGACCCCCCCCCCCCAAACAGUCUGCUCCAGCAGCGUUCUUUAGCUUUAAAAUCAGCAGUUAUCCACUGCUGAUUUUAAUUGUUUUUUUACUGUCUUUUUUUUACCUGUAGUGAUGCAAUUACAUCAUAUAGAAGAAGACGGAAAAAAUGCUGAGCAUGCGCACGUCCAAAAUUCUUUCGUAAGUGCUGGAACGAGGAGGCGUACUAAAGAAUAAAAAGUGAAAUAAUGUCCACGACAUUGAACAGGGCCCAAUAUAUUAAAGUGCACAUGAACGUGCUUCGGUCGACCGUUGUCGGGUUCGAGCUGAAGAUCCGGCGUUAAAAAAAAAAUUGCAUGAAAGUUUGUGCUUGACCUUGAAAAUAACCUAAUUAAAAAGGUCCAUUUUGCUCUGGAGCUCAACGUCCUUCAAGGGAAGGACGGGGCGAACGCACACAAGGCUCCAGACCGGCCGGUAAAUAAACCUUUUUGGUUUUGGUCACCUCAAAACAUUUUCAAUGUGCAAUUUAUUAGUUUAUAUUAAAUAGGCUGUCCUUCAGCGGUUGACAUUUGUUCUUUUCCUCUUUAUUACUUAUACACACUUCCAGCUGCACGUUUCUUUAUCCUAUCGUUACUCAUCCAGACAGCAGCUGAAGCACGGCGGAGGGAUACGUUUACACCGGUGCAGCGCACCGGCAAAGCACUGCUGGUUGAGAGCUGAGCAUGUCUGUUACCAGCAGUUAGUCUGUAGUAAACGUCCUCCUCUGGGGGGUAAAUACAUUAUGUAGUAUAUCAACAGUAUAUCAACAGUAUAUCCUGUAAGACUGAGAUGCCUGUGCAUGUUUGAUUUAGAGCAGUAAGCCGGCUCCUCUGGAAAGUAGGACUGCUUUUACCGGUUACCAGCGCAUGUGGGAACUUCUCCAAGUAGUGGACGUUAAAGACGACAGAGAGGGAACGCUGCAUCAGGAAUACAUAUCGAUUAAAACUACUCCGUGCACCAACGCUGCUUGUUGAAUACUAAUGCAAUUGGAUCCAGUCGUACAACAAAUUGCUACACGGAUUUUUUAAAAGUAUUAUCAGAAAAACAAAUUUCAGAGUGUUUGGAGACGAAUUUUCUUUUUUUUCUUACAGACUUGUGAUGCUGCAUGUUUCGUUGUUCGUACCGACUCAUCAACGCGCACGAGAGAGAGAGAACUGAACCCCGAAAACACGAUAUUGUAAAGGUUUCACCUGCGCGUCGUGAUGUCACGGGGAACUCUUUUUUUACGGUGCAAAUAUUCCAGUUACGGAGGUCGAUCUGAAUCCAGUCACUCGUGAGGUGGACUUUCUCGUUGUAACAAUGUUUCGUAGGUCCUCUUGAAUCAAAUAUUUAAUUAUGUAUCUGAAUGUCGGUCGAUCUCUGAGCUCGUCCCCCGAUGUAGAUGCACCGAACCUCCAGGUGUUCGUUGUUGCUGAAACGUGGAAUAAUAAUAAUAAUAAUAAAGAGAAAGAAGGAUGUUUAUAGUUAAAAAAAACAACUAAUCGCAGCAUCUUUUUGAUUAAAGAACCAUUACCUCAGAUUCCUCCUCUGAGAUCGUAGAGCCUCCAGACAGCGUAAUAUGUGUGACCUUCAGUUACCUUGUAGAGGUCAGAUCGGGAUCUUUAACUCAAUUCAACUGGCUCAACUUGUUACUGAUCUUUUUUUAGUUUUAAUACUGAACUUUUUGCACAGGAAUCAUUUCUCUCCUUAACUCGUCCGUCCUUCAAAUGCACAGAUACAGUAUCUGAAGGUUUGCGAUGUUUUUAAACCUAUUUUUAAAUUGUUUUAUUUAACUAAUAAGACUUCUUGGGAUAUUUCUCGAGUGAGGGUGAACGUGUGUCUGUAAACGUGGUUCAAUAAAGCCUUUUGUUCCAGU